AUGUUGAAGAUCGUUCUGUUCGCCUGUUUGGCAGGAUGCGUGAUAGCGUACGAUUUUAAGGACUCAUUCUACAACGAACUGUUGCUGGAGGAUUUACUGGACGACACAGAAGGGCCAUCGUUCGUGGGUCGAUUCCGUCGCUCGGCGUCGGAUUCGCUUGAUGAUAAGUGCAAACGCCGGUACAAAUGUUGCAACGACGCCAACACGGACAAUCUGGACAAAAUCCACGAAAUCAAGAAGCAAUGCUUCACGGAGGUUCGCAACAAAAACAAGGCCGAUGGAGCCUACGAACCGGUGGAUGUGUUCUCCUGUGAGCGGCUGAACAAGACUAAAACCGAAGUCAUUUGUGCCAUGGAGUGCGUUGGACGUAAAAAGUCCGUGGUUAACGACGACGGUUCGCUGAUCGAGGAAAAGCUGAUGGAGUUCGCUAAAGCCAACUUUGCCUCGGACGAGUGGCAACAGCCGCUGCUUGCGGGCCACAUUGAAACCUGCCUGAAGGAGGCUAAGGAUAAGGUGGCCAAGCAUCCACGUGAACCCGGCCAGUGCAAUGCGGAAACGUCCAACUUUGGGUACUGCAUGUGGCGCCAGAUGGCUCUAGCUUGUCCGAAGGACAAACAGGUCGCGAAUCGCCGCUGCGAUCGUAUCCGUGAGAAACUCGCCAACAAUGAACCGCUCCACUACUACAAGGCAGAGCUAGACGAUAUCUAA